AUGACUGUCGCACACGAUAAUCCGGGCUUAAAAGUUGUAAAUGGGCCCGCGGCACCCUCCGUGGCAACCAUCGCUUUAAAUCGUACGGUGUCCUUCCAUAGAUUCACCAAAUUGGAGGAAGUCUACCGGAAGUGGAUAAUUGCUAUCAAGCGUGACGAAGGCACAUCAUUCAAGGUGUCGAAGGCAACCAAAGUGUGCUCGAGGCACUUCGUAGAAAGUGACUUUGUGCGGAAUGUGGCUAACGGGCACAGGCUGCUUUAUGAGCAUGCUGUGCCGUCAGUGUUCAGCUUUAAGAAGCCGCAAGUUGUCAGGAAGCCUCCAAAACAGAGAACGUCAACUGUACCACAAGCAACGCAACCCGAAGCAGACUUGCUACAACCCGAAGCAGACCUGCAACAAUCAGAAGACACCACCACUGCCCCCGAGCUGCCAGAUGAAGAUCCUGGAGCGAGCCCAGUGCCCAUGGAACCGCCAGUCUGCAUGUGCAGCUUGGAGCCCGAGCUCGAAUUAAGGAGGGUAGCAGAGAGGAAGCUGCACAGUGAAAUCGAAUUGCUGCGAAAUGAACUGAAAGAAACCAAGGCCGAAGUGUACCGACUGAAAGCCGAGCUCCAAAGAGCUCUAGCAAACUGCAAGGUGCUAGAGGAGAAAAAUGUGCCUUUCAGCGUUGAAAAAUUCCAAGAGAGCGACGAGGACAUUCAGUUUUACACCGGACUACCCAAUUAUGGUACCUUCAUUGCUUUCCUCGAGCUCAUUGACGCUGGAGAGAAUGGUAAAAAUAUUAUUAUGCGAUCCGGAGUUAGCUUGCAUGCUUCAGAAAAGGCUGGAUGGCCACGUAAGCUAUCGGCAAAGAAUCAGCUGUUUCUUGUUCUGGUUAAGUUGAAAGGUGGCAUGUUCCAUAAACACCUGGGACAUUUGUUCGACAUUUCAGUGAGUACUGUGUCGAAACUGUUCAGCGCGUGGAUGAGCUUUUUGUAUCUCCAUCUCACGAACCUGGCUCUCUGGCUAACACGAGAGACCAUCGACGGCACCGUGCCACCAGCUUUCAGGGAAAAGUAUCCGACAACUAGAGUCAUCUUAGAUGCCACAGAGAUUAGGUGUGAGGUGACAAGCUCGUUUGUAACUCAGUCGGGGACGUACUCGUACUACAAAUCUACGAACACGUUUAAGGGCCUGGUGGGCAUUUCACCCAACGGCCUUGUGACAUUUGUGUCCGAGCUUUUUAUGGGUUCCGUUUCUGACAAAGAGACUGUCAUCCAGAGUGGCCUUCUUGAGAUGCCCUUUGAUAAGGGCGAUUCUGUCAUGGCCGAUAAGGGCUUUAAGAUUGCCGACCUCCUCCAAAAACUUGGCGUAGCACUCAACAUUCCUCCAUUUUUGAAUCGAGGCAAGUUCUCCACCGAGGAAGUCGUAGAAACACAGGACAUCGCUGCCCUCCGGAUUCACGUUGAACGCCGAAUCCAGAGAAUUAAGCCCUUCCACAUUUUCGACCGCCCUAUUCCCAUCUCGUUGGCACCCCUUGCCAACCAAAUAUGGACUGUAUGCACAGUCCUCACUAACAUGCAGUCCCCACUCAUCAGAGACAGUGAGUAA